AUGGAGAUGGUCAACGUUUUGAAGCGUAACCCGAUCCAGACAAAGAUAAGCCCAGUCGAACGUAGACAACAGUCUUUCGUUCUUAGAGAGUCCGAGUGCACCAUGAGCCCUGAAGCCGUGAUAGCUGACGGAGGUUGUGCCAUCUCGAACGCAAAAGGGGUGAGUGCCCGCAUCAGAAUGAGUAAGGGAGGCUACGGCGACUCUGUGCGUGAUGCCAGCGAAAAAGACUGGCAACAGCUGAUCGGCCGUCGGCUGGAACACGCUCAAAACAACGAUGACACGAUUUCGUCGGAGGUGGGCACUCUCAUUCAUCGAAACAAUCAUCAGCCGCUACCGAGCCUUUACAACCCCCCACAUAAAAAUGGCUCCAAACUUGGCAGCCAUGAUAGCGACGAAACGCAACCGAUGGUUCGGUAUCAGAAAACAAAAGUGAUUCCCAGCCGGGUGAGAAAACGUGUCAUCUUCAAAAAUGGGAAUGUCAACCUGUCCAAGGAGCAUGUAUAUAAACGCAGUCAAAGAUAUCUCCAGGACAUAUUCACAACACUGGUCGACAUUCAAUGGCGAUGGAACCUUCUCGUAUUCGCUAUGGGCUUCAUUGUUUCAUGGCUCAUUUUCGCUGUUGUUUGGUGGCUCAUCAUGUUCGCGCACGGAGAUUUCGAAGAAACGAACUCCAAGAAUGAAACCUGGAAACCGUGUGUCACCGAAGUCACAACCUUCACAGCCGCAUUCCUCUUCUCUCUGGAGACGCAGCACACUAUCGGUUAUGGCAACCGAUACAUCUCUGAAGAGUGCCCAGAAGCUGUUUUCAUUCUGUGUCUCCAGUCAGUGGUUGGAGUUAUGAUUCAGUGUUUUAUGGUGGGCAUCGUGUUCGCGAAACUAUCGCGGCCCAAGAAACGCUCUCAAACACUUCUGUUCAGUCGGCACGCAGUGAUCUGUCUGCGCGACGGGAAGCUCUGUCUCUUGUUCCGUGUGGGAGACAUGCGGAAGUCACACAUAAUCGGGACGAAUAUCAGUGCGCAGAUAAUCAAACGCAAAGUGACUCAGGAGGGUGAAGUGAUCCCCUACUACCAUACGACACUCGAUGUUCGCUUCGACGCCGGAAACGAAUCUAUUCUUUUCAUCUGGCCGGCUACCAUCGUACACGAGAUCAACGAGCGUUCGCCACUAUAUACGCUGUCGGCUGAAGACAUCAUGAAGGAUCGCUUUGAGAUAGUGGUCGUUCUCGAGGGUACAAUAGAAUCGACCGGGCAGUCGAUCCAAGCAAGGUCAAGCUAUCUCCCAUCAGAGAUUCUAUGGGGUCACAGGUUCGAGCAGCUCGUACGUUUCCAGCGUGAUUCAUCGGAAUAUUUGGUUGACUAUUCGAAGUUCAACAAUACAUACGAAGUGGAAACUCCGCUCUGCAGUGCCCGCGACUUCUAUGAGUACCAAAAAUUAAUCCAGCAACCCCAGAUUCUGAUCCUGAACAACAACCCUCAACAACAAAACGGUCAGCCGGGCGGCGUAUUCGGAGGCAGCAACACCUUGACGGCCCUCUCGGGAGACAGCAUGACCCGACAGAACAACAACAACAAUAAUAACAACAACAGCAACAACAUUCAAAUCUAGUUGUCUCGAAAAUCGGACGAAGCCUAUUUAAUUGCGAUUGAUUCACAAAUGUUCCCCUCAAUCGUCGGCGCGAAGCUUCCCCGACGAUUGAUGGACAGAGCCUCCCGAUGGUCAGAGGCCUGGCUCGGGGAACGGUUUCAAGCCAUCGGGAAAUAUGAUCACCGGCCUACUCAUCAAAGCAAGUGCCUCCUGUUUAGAUACUAAGAUAAGUUCAGCAUUCGAGCGAGGUGUCACCAUCUAUGUUAGCAGCUCUCGAAUGAUACCGCCAGUGAUUCAACCCGAAGUCGGGAAUCGAUUGACGACAAGCCUAGGAUAAGGUGGGCGGAUGGCUUAUUGAUGGAGCGUUCAGGGCUUCAUACGUACGGAUACAUAGGAGCUCGAAGAGCCGGCUUUAACCAAGACGGAAUUUGCAAACGUAGUCAUGGACUUAGUCGAAAGUGUCAUCAUCGUUCCCAUAGCCGUCGUAUCACCAAGGUUCUCCAAGCUUUUCUGAGCCGUGAGAGUCGGAGAAGUUGGUGGGUGAAACUGUGAAACUAAAUGUACAAAUUUAUUUACAAAGGCGAGGUCGAAUGCGUUGAUGCGGAGCGCGAUUAUCUCCAACGAGAAGAACACUUUGAAUUUACGCCUCUCCGGAGUUCCGACAAGAUAAACCACGUUUGCCUAUUCUAUGUAAGUAAUUCCUUGUAAGAAAUUGACGAUGUGUCGUUUGGACGAGA